ACUUACUAGCUGUAUAUCAUAGAAAACUCCCACUUUUCCCACCCAUCUCUUUUGAUCCUUUCAUGGCGAAAGCCCGAUAGCCCCGAGGAGAUAGAUGGUAAUAAGGGGUUCUCUUCUCAAUUUUUCUUCCUCUUCGAACUCUGCUAGGUUGUGGGUAUUAGCCCAUCUGGUUUUCACCGAUCCAAGGCUCAUUUUUUCGAUGAUUUGAUGAUUCUUCGAUCAUCCAGUGUUUUCUCUCAACUUUUAAGGAUAAACCCAUAAACCCUUCUUUCUCGCUUCAAAACCCUUCCCUGUAUCCUUUAGUUGCAGAGAAGACAAGAUAGAUUGACAGAUCCAAAGCAUGGAUAUCAGGUAAUCCAUCUGGAUUCUCUACAAAUAUUUUCAGGACUCUCACUGCCUCACGUGGUUUUGAAUACUGGAAUCAAGAUCACUUUGGAGUUUCUUCACACAUGCAAAAGAAAACGACAGGGAUCCACUACUGUGAACAACUCAUGUGCCAUGCCAGUCUGUUGCUUACGUACGAAGGGUUUCUGACAAAGAGAAAAGAAGUGGUCUAUUACACCCAUUGAGUCAUUGACCUUUUAACUGUUGAGUUAGAAGCAACAGGGAUUCAUGUAAAUAUGUAUCUGUAGGGAACACAGACAGCAGAUUGUGUAAUUCUCUCACCGUUGAUGGCUCCUCCAAAGAAAUCAAAGAAAACCAAAAAGAAAUCGCCAACUUUGAAGAAGAGUAUAAAUGUAGUUCCUCUAGAGCCCAAAGCCAUUGAAUCUGACUGGUGGGAGAGUUUCUGGCUGAAAAACUCUAGUGCAGAAAUUGCAGGUUCAACUGUUCCCAGUGACGAGGCAGAAGCAUUCAAAUAUUUCUUCAGGGUAUCAAGGAAGACAUUCGACUACAUCUGUUCCCUUGUCCAUCAAGAUCUUGUGUCAAGGCCUCCAUCUGGUCUUAUCAACAUUGAGGGAAGGCUUCUAAGUGUUGAAAAGCAAGUUGGAAUUGCCCUGAGAAGGUUGGCUUCUGGAGAGUCCCAAGUAUCAGUAGGGGGGGCCUUUGGGGUUGGGCAAUCCACAGUAUCUCAGGUGACUUGGAGAUUCAUAGAGGCCAUGGAGGAGCGAGCCAAGCACCAUCUCAAGUGGCCCAACCCUGAUCGAAUAGAGGAAAUUAAAUCCAAGUUUGAGUCAGCUUUUGGAUUGCCAAACUGCUGUGGGGCUAUUGAUGCUACCCACAUUGUCAUGACCCUACCAGCUGUUGAGACUUCAAGUGACUGGUCCGAUCGUGCAAACAACUACAGCAUGUUCCUGCAGGGCAUUGUAGAUGAUGAGAUGAGAUUCCUUGACAUUGUGACUGGUUGGCCUGGGGGCAUGACAUUCUCACGACUCUUAAAGUGUUCUGGGUUCUUCAAACUCUGCGAGAGUCAGCAGCGUCUUAAUGGACAUGUGAAAAUGUUAUCCAAUGGAGUUGAAAUCAGAGAAUUCAUAGUAGGAGGGGCUGCCUACCCACUUCUUUCCUGGCUCAUCACUCCAUAUGGGAGUGAUGACCUCACAAGUUCCAUGGUCGAGUUCAAUGAAAAACAUAAAGAGGCAAUGUUAUUUGCAGCGAAGGCAUUCUCACAGUUGAAGGGUGCUUGGAGAAUCCUUCACAAGAUUAUGUGGAGACCUGACAAGUGCAAACUGCCCAGUAUUAUCUUGGUAUGCUGUCUGCUCCACAAUAUUAUUAUUGACCGUGGGGAUAAACUACAAUCAGAUGUGCCUUUGCUUGCUCACCAUGACUUCGGCUAUGGAGAGGAAAGCUGUCAACAAGUUGACCCACAGGGUAAAAUUAUGAUAGCAAACCUAGCAAAACAUUUGCAGAAUUGCAAACAGAAGCAUUCCUCAAAUUGAUUAAUUUAGUAUGUUUCUUGUGGCGCAAAUGUGAUUGUUUCUGCUGGUCGUGUUCUGUUCUGGUUUUCAGCCUUUCUGUUUGGGCAGGUGUAAAAAGGUUCCUCUGUUGAAGACAAUUGAGGGAUGAGUUGAAAGUGUAGUAUGCUGAUUUGAACUCCGGAAAUCAACUUAGUAUUCUGAUCAUAAAUGACAGUUGAAAACUUUAGCUGUCCUUUCUCCAUCUGGAAAUCUAAUAUAUGCCUACAACAAUUGGAUGGUUGGCAUAUAAGAUGCCCCAUCUGCUCUUCAUUUCA